ACGCCGCACUGUCAUCGGCGUCGCGACGCAGGGAAAGGCACAGCCUCCUGCACUCUCCCAGAUCGAUCCGUCUGGCCGACAAAGCAAAAUCGCCAGGAAGUCUCCGAGGCCAGAGUCUGCUAUGUCAACGAGGAACGGCACGUGCAACGUCGAUCGCUAUGCCAAGCUACCGGGGAUCCAUAUUCGACUAUAUCCAUAGGACGAGUAUGUGCAGAAAGAAAGUUCGAAGUGACAGACAAUUCGACAACGUGGAUUAUACACAACUUACAGAAACCGAUAAUGGUUUCUUUGAUUCACAGUUUGUAAGUCCACCAGUGAAGAUACCAUGGAAAGCUAUCACAUUAGCAGCUCUCCUAUUCGUUGGAGGAACUAUUAUGCUCAUUAUGGGUAGCCUGAUUGUGAGUGGACACAUUGAUUCAAAAUAUUCAGAUCGAAUGUGGCCAGUGAUAAUCUUAGGGGCCUUGAUGUUUAUACCAGGGGCUUAUCACAUGAGGGUAGCUAUUUUAGCAUAUCAAAAAGUACCUGGUUAUUCUUUUGAUGACAUACCUGAAUUUGAUUAA